AUGCCUCGACAAGAGUACGGGCUGGUGCCCCUCAGCUCUGAGCAUUCUCCAUCUGCGAGGGGGCUACCGUGCCCUGACGAUCGAGUCACGAGGCAGGGAGAGGUGCCGUUUGACUACGAUACUGCUUACACUGGUCAAGGCUGGCAGAGAGAACAACAUGCAUACAACACCGACUUUGACGCUACAAAUCCUGACGAUCGAAAACACACGAGCCAUGAAUAUGUAUCGGCUGCACAUAACCAUUUUGGUCUACCGAGCGACAACACUCUGAGGAGGAAUGCCAGGGAACACGCCGAGGCGACUCGCAAGUCGCAGCUAUCAAAGAGAAGAUCGAUGAUAUGGCAUUUAGUCAUUGACCUGCUCUUGGCCAUCCCAGCCUUGGCAUUUCUGCUCUAUGCGGGUGCCGUCAAUCACUAUGAAGGGAGACCGCUGAGGGAGAGCGGCUGGCGCACCGUCUCGACCCUGUACGACCUGGCCAAGUACGGACCUACCAUCUUCCCCAUCGUGUUUGCCGCCAUCGCGACAAACCUCUUGACCGCCGUCGCGGCGUGGAAGCUCGAGCGUGGCAUCUCUGUUCUCAGUCUCGAGUACCUCCUCCGCAGCCGUACCACCUUCAGUGCCGUCACUUCGCCCCUGGUCCUCAAGUCGGUCAACUUGAUUACACCCAUCAUCAUCGUCUUCUGGGCGCUCUCGCCGUUGGGAGGUCAGGCUGCGCUGCGGGUACUGGACACGGUGCCCAACGCGCACAAGCAGCCGUGGAACUGCAGCUAUCUCGAGGUGCGUCCUGAGUUGCCGCCCGUCUAUGGGGCCGACGGGUCGGUUGCCAACUCUACCGUCAUUGCCACGUUUGCUGCCGCGCUUGCGACUCCGCCCGAGAGCAAGGAGGGGAAGCUGGACAUUUGGGGCAACGUCAAGAUACCCAUGAUUGAGCCGUAUCUUGGCGUCGACGUUGACAAGUGGUACACUUUGAAGGAUUCGUUUGACGUGUACUCGUCGUUGGUUGGACUGCCAGUGAAACCCCUGGAACCCUUCCUCCCAGCCUUCAAUUACACAUUCAGAGUCAACACGUCGUACAUAACCACAAGUUGCACGGCAAAUAACCGCUCUAUGGAUCUGGAUGGCUGGAGGGAUUACGUCGAUGAGCACCGCGACUUUUCCAACGGAAAGGGGCUCAUCAUCGAGACGUCGAAUCCCGACAAGUCAGGCACCAAGGCAAGGCUGUUUCAAAUAACGUCCUACCAGCCGGGAAAGCUCACAAACGUCUUUUGCGAGCUGGGCACGACGUUUGUCGAGGUCGAGAUUGAGUGCCACCACUCGCAGUGCGGUGCCGUGCGCAUCCGGUACACUCCCGGCGCCAAGACCAGCAACUUGACGUUUGUCGAUGAUUUGCAGGGCGCGGCAAAGGGGAAGAGGAUGGAUCAUGCUUUUCUGCAGAUGUUUGUCAAUAUGACGGAGCCGAGACGGAACGGGAGCUUUUACCUGCCGUCUCCCAUGGAGCUGUACCUCUUCAGCUCCGAUGAGCCAUACGCCGUGACGCCGACAUGGGACAACGCGUGGAAUUCGGGAUCGAAAAAGGACUGGGAGAGGGGGUACAAGGCGUUUCCUAAGCGCUUCACGCAGCUUCUCAACACUUUUUGGAUCGCCUCCCUAACGCCCCUCGGCGCGGCGCAGUUCAACAAGUUUGCCGCCCCGGGCGCAAAGCACGGAGCCGCGCCUGCGGGACUGACGGCAACGGGUCACAAGAUGAAUAACGAGAGGGUUCUUGCCGUGGACAAAGCGUGGCUGGCCAUGCUGUACGUUGCGUCGUUGGCAAUGUUUCUGUCUGCCCUCGCUGCUGCGGCUUUGGGUGUGAAGAGACGAGGACCUGAUAUUUUGGACUACGCAACGACAUUUAUACGGGAUAAUCCGUAUUCGAGUGCAUCUACUGGAGAAAACUCGAUGGAGGAUGGAGCAGAUCGAACGUACAGGCUUAGAAAAGUGAGGUUAUGCAUAGGCGACGUCAAGCCAGAUGCGGAGGAGGGAUACGUAGCGCUGGCGACGGUGGACAAGGCCGUGCCGUUGGGAAAGCAGGGGAGCGAUAGGCGUUACAUGUGA